GUGUACUUAGAAGUUGCCAUCUUGAAAAAGCUAGUAUCUUAAUAUAUAAACAUUUUCUUUAUCCAUCUCUGUUUCUAGGUUGUAUAAUAAAGCGGGUGAAAAAAUGUUUAAGUAUAAUAAGCUUGGAAGUCUUCAAAGUUUAAUCAGUACAACAGAACAGGCUGAGGAUAUCCUUGAGGUCGACAAGAAUGAAUCUGCACCGAAAGAGAAAGAUGUUCCGACGAAAGAAAAGUGUGAAGAUGAAAAACCGAAGGAAAAAAAAUGGGUGAAGGCUGAUUCUGAUGAUGAGGGGAAAAAAGAGAGUUCUUUAUUUCGAUGCAUCCCAAAGAAAAAGAAGAUUGAAGACCUUGAGAAAACAGUGAAUGUUUCCACCAAUGACGAUAUCGUUAUAUCCGGUCACCAAGAUUUCCAGAGUUUAUACGCUACUAAUGAUAUGGUCACUCCUUCCUUCACUGUUAAUAGAUUGGGGGCUCCGAAUAACUCUACUGUAAUGUGUGGAUGUGACAAUAUAAACUGUCCUUUCUGUAAUAUUGUACAGAGUAUUCGUAACAGGGAUCCAACUCUGAACUAGGUCUGUUGUCCUCUUGAACUAGACCUGAUCAAAGAUCAAAGAUAAUUGGAACAGUCCAACCAGGAGACGAAUCAGAAAUAUCUUCCUUCACCUAAUCACAAAUAUAUUAGUUUGCAGGGGGACAUUCAAAUCAAUGACGACAUUUUUUAUCCUUAAAAAGGAUUUUGCAGGAAACACUGCAUGGUUGCCGCGUAUAAUUUUUCUCUAAAAGUCGUCUUUGAAUUCCAAAUAAUUUUGACCUGGGGAUCACUUUAUAUGUAUUUGACCCAAUCCAUAAAUAAAUCAAGUGUAAACUA